GAGACUGUUCGAAUGGAGGUUAGUUUUCAUCAUACUUUUGUAAUAAUUAUAUGAUAAAAUGGGUAAAAAUCACAGACAUAAAAAAAGGCUUAAGCAAGAAAAGUCAAAAACUCAACUGAAAAAUGCUGCAAAAGAAUUACUCAAACGACAAAAUAUCACCCAAACUGAAUUCAAAAUAAAACCUAUUGUAAUAGCUCCACAAUUACAAGCUAAAACUUUAGAGGAUGGACGAAAAGACCUAGAAAUUGAUGAUGUACUCAGCAGAUUACGCCAUCGAAACGAAAAUAUGAAAAUAAGAGCAUGUCAGGAUAUGGAAUUCAUGUUGAAAAAUAAUAAAAUUCAAAGUAUACCAUUUUAUUUCAAAAAUGUUUGCAUCUUCAUUCAGGAGGAAAUGCCAAAAGCAAGAACAGCUGGCUUGAAACUACUAAAAACUAUGCUGGGAGCUAUGAAAGAGAACGAGUGUUGUGAUUUCUUAUUUAAGUUUUUACUUAAUCACCUUCGUUGUGCUAUGACCAACAUUAAUAGAAGAAUCAGGGAGGAUUCAGUUCUUUUUUUCGAUAUUUUACUUGAGCAUCUGCCAAAAUAUAUGGCACAAAAUUUCCGUCAUUUCAUACAAGAUUAUUUGAUGUUGGUAUCUGCCUUGAAAAAUGAUGCAGAGAUGCGACGUACAGUAACAGUUAACCUUGAAAGUAAAAUUACUAGUUCCCAAUGGAGAAUAGUUGUAUUGAGUAGAUUACAUCAGCUUCUAGAUGUUAUUCUCAAAGAAAAGAUGAAAAGAGAUGAGGCAAUGAAAAGGCUGGAAGAACAACAUGGUGACAGUCCCUUUUAUAUAUGGAGGCAUUUUAGAGAGGAGAUGAUUAAUUCGGAGGAGGAAUUUGUUGAAGACAAAGAAAAAGAAUUUAUAGACUUACAGUUCCAAACUUUGUUUUCAGUUUUGUAUGAAACAUGGUUAGAAGGUCGUCCUGUCAAUUUAUCCAUUGGUGAUGUUACUCUACUUUCUGAAGAAAUUGCGAUGCUUUUCAAUUGUGUAGUACAGACCUACCAUAUUAUCACAUCAUAUCUUCGACUAACUCAAAGGAUGGAUAAGAUCAAAACUUCUGAUCAUGAAAAAUUGUUGAGGAAUCUUGUACAGCAUCUUCCAUAUGGACUCAUCAAAAGGCCAAAAAAAUCAGACAAAAUGAGCAACGUAUUAUCUAAAUUUGUUAUUACAGACAUGAAAUGUAGUAAUGAUAAUAUUCUUAUAUGCUACAAUUACCUUAUUCUCUUCGCUGGAAAUCCUUCAAAGGCAAAAAAAGAAGAUAUUCACAAUGUUUCAACUACCAUCAUAGAAUAUCUAACAAGAGAUUACUCCAAUAAUAAAAAAAUGGAUUUCACAUAUCUGUUCCUAAUACUAAAACAUUUAUUUUCUGAGAAAGCCCGACUUUGGUGCAGAAACAAAUUUCCUGUUUGUGAUAUUUUGGACAGUGCUGUUACGUUAUACCAAAAUGGUAACUUGGAAAAUGAUGUUAAGUUGGAGUUAACCAAAAUAAUAAUCACAAUUACUUAUGAAGAUCUUCUACGAAAUAAAAAUUAUGCUGUUUGGCUUCAAAGUUUACCUAAAUGCUUUCUAGAAGAUAGCAUUGGUGCAGAUUUAUUGGUAUUAAUUAUCAACAGGAUACGACUUACCCCUCCAGAAAAUAAUUUACCAUUUUACCAGGGCAUAAUAGAAAAUUAUGUCAACAUAUAUAAUCAUUUACCAAACCUGCAGAUUCAUGAUAUGACAGAGCUGGAUAAAAAAUUCAGAAAAAUCCAGAUAGCAAAAUUUAUUGUGUAUAUUCCUGAACCCUGCCAGAAACUAAAAAAGAUAUUUCAUAAAUUGGACCAGAAUAAUCCCUAUUGGAAAGAAAUUGAAUAUUUGAGGACUGAGAGAAACGAUAUCUUAUAAGGGAAUUGAGGUGAUUUUAAAAGAAUGCUGUAUUAUAUUAUAAGAAGAGUGAAUUUUUAACCUUCAAUUAUUUUCAAUUGAUUUCAUAGAGUAGAUAUUGUUAUUUUCUCUAAUCUUCUGUGAUAUGUUCUUUUUAUGUGUACGCAAUAAAAAAAAAUGGUAAUUAUUCUAUAAA